UCUCUCUAUCGGAAUAGCUCGUUACCGGUGAGGCUGUUUGCUGCGGUGCGAGCCAUAUCCGGAGAAGCACUUUUCGCGCACCUCUCCUCCAGCUCCGUCUCCGGUUCCAAAAGAACCACCAAGCGAACCUGAACCGGAGAUUUAACCAUCUGGGGGUUUCAGGACAGACUUCUCCUUAUGGGCUCACAAUGCGCAGGAUACGGGCCAACGCCAUCGCUAUCUUGACCGUAGCGUGGAUCCUGGGAACAUUUUAUUACCUGUGGCAGGACAAUAAACCGCACUCAUCAUCAUCCUCAGCCUCUCAGCCCCGCGUCGCGGACAUCAAGAGACAUGCCGACGGCGGGAGGCUGGAGAUCCACGGAGACGACAGGACCAUUCCGUUGAUUAUGACCCUGUCUCCGUGGGCGGAGCAGCAGCAGCAGGGUCAGCUCAUAGGUAGUUUCGAUGAGAAGGCGUACCUGUUGGAGAAACAGCUGAAGGCCGGAGACGACCCCUACAGGGACCACGCCUUCAACCUGGCCGAGAGCGACCGACUCGGCUCCGAGCGGGUCAUCAGAGACACACGGCACUAUAGGUGUGCCUCCGUGAAUUAUGACGCUAAUCUUCCUCCUACGAGCAUCAUCAUCACCUUCAACAAUGAGGCUCGCUCCACCCUGCUACGAACCAUCAAAAGUGUCCUGUUGAGGAGCCCUCCCUCUCUGAUCCAGGAGAUCAUCCUGAUAGAUGACUUCAGUACUGAUCCUGAGGACUGUCAGCAGCUCUCUCAGAUCCCUAAAGUACGCUGUCUGAGGAACGGACGUCGAGAGGGACUGAUCCGGUCCCGGGUACGAGGGGCAGACUCGGCCUCUGCCUCUAUCCUGACCUUCCUGGACAGCCACUGUGAGGUCAACACUGACUGGCUACAGCCCAUGAUACAGAGGGUCAAAGAAGACCGUACCCGGGUGGUCAGCCCCAUCAUCGAUGUCAUCAGCCUGGAUAACUUUGCCUACUUGGCAGCUUCAGCUGACUUGAGGGGAGGGUUUGACUGGAGUUUACACUUUAAAUGGGAGCAGAUUCCCAUCGAACAGAAGAUGUCCAGGAAUGACCCCACCCUGCCUAUCAGAACUCCAGUGAUUGCAGGAGGGAUCUUUGUGAUGGACAAGAGCUGGUUCAACCACCUGGGGCAGUACGACACUCACAUGGACAUCUGGGGAGGGGAGAACUUUGAGCUGUCCUUCAGGGUGUGGAUGUGUGGUGGGAGCCUGGAGAUUCUGCCCUGCAGCAGGGUGGGACACGUCUUCAGGAAGCGACAUCCCUACGACUUCCCAGAAGGCAACGCUCUCACAUACAUCAAGAACACGCGUCGGGCAGCGGAGGUGUGGAUGGAUGAGUAUAAACAGUACUACUACUCAGCAAGGCCCUCAGCGCAGGGCAAGGCCUUCGGCAGCAUUGCAGACCGGCUGACUCUACGCCACAAGCUGAACUGCAAGUCUUUCCAUUGGUAUAUGGAGAACGUUUACCCUGAGCUAAGGUGAGAGGAGAGAGUCUCUACCAGACAGGUGAGAGGGGAGAGUCUCUACCAGACAGGUGAGAGGAGAGAG